AUCGAAGACAAUGGACUCCAUAGAUAUGUUACGAUUGAAAGACAGCCAACUAUUGAGUCAAUUAAUCCAAAGUCAUCUCUCAUUCAUAAUUGACUCCAAUUUCGACUUCAACUCAAUUGACACAAAAGCCGUCAAAAGGAAAACCAAUCAAACAAGCACAACCAUUUUUGGCUCAAAUCUCACUCAAGAGGGAAUCUGUUGUAUUCACCAAUUGAUUGAAUUCAUUAUCACCGAUAAGAGAAUUUUCCGAAAGAGUGGCAGUUCUUUGCGUCAAUCGGAACUAACGGAAUUGAUUUCCGGAGGAAUAACAGUGGAUCUGUCGGCCAAUCGGUUCACUGUUCACGACUGCUGUUGUGUACUGAAGAAGUUUGUGUCCCUUUUGCCGGAACCGCUUAUUACUGACUAUUAUUACCCGCUCUUCAAACAAAUAUCCGAAUUGAAUCCACAAAUGUUUUCACCCAAUCAUAAGAACUGUAAGAAAUUGGUGGCAAUUCAGCUGUUUUUGCUCUUAAUUCCUGCACCCAAUCGACAACUUCUGCUCGAAUUGUUGGCAUUGUUUGAGAAAGUGUUGCAAAACAGUGACACAAACCGAAUGAAUUCCACGAGUUUGGGCACAAUCUUCACACCACACGUGUUGUGUCCGCGAUCUUUCACUUCCAUUGAAUUGCAACAGAAUUUGUAUCCAUUGACACAAACGCUCAUAUUUAUGAUCGACAACUCGCGCCUCAUAUGCCAACCGCCGCCACGACUGCUCACUGAUGUCAACAAUCAGCUCAUGAUUAUCGAGUCGGCGAAGAGCAAGACCAGCACCUCAUCGUUGGCGGCCGUCAACUCUGCCCAUCAGUUCUGUGUCCAAAGCAAUGACACUAAUUCUGAUGAUUUCACAGCCAAUCAGUUGGCACAUCUUUACGCUCACAUCCAAAGUAUGCCGAAUAGUGGCACUCCUCAGAAGAAGAAAUGGAUUAAACAGUUCAAUCGUGAGAACGGAAAGGGAACGCCUCUUCUCAAGCAAAAGAAGUUGGAUUCGAGUAAAAAACUCAAGACAUCCAUCGGUGAUGUGUUGAAAGCCGGACAACACUUCCUUUUCGGCACUCCUGACGACACGUUAAGACACAAUAAAAUUAAUAAAAAUCUAUUUAAAGAUCACUCUUCGCCUAAUACUGAGGGCCAGAAGAAAGGAAUGCAACACUUGAGCCAAACUGUGCCCAAAAUGAGUUCCAAAACUCGGAUCGAAACAUCGGUUUGCGAUGAGAGGCAAGAAUGUGUCACUCCUUUGGGUGUGAGUCUAGAAAAUGCUAACAAAAAAAUCAAACUAAGCGUUAGUAAAAUCGGAUUCCAGAAGGAAUUGCUGAUCGCUAUCCACGUGACCACAAACUCGAAGUUGUGGGGAAAGUCCACUUCCCAGACCGAGGAGAUCAGCUCUGUUAGUGUCCACGGAGUCACUGCUAUCAGAAAACCCGCAGAUAUUGAGCCCAAU